CAACACCACCCUUAAUUAAAUGAGAACGACUGAAUCAUUUGAAGUCAGUUCUUGCUCAGAACUCAGAACCACGAAAGGAAGGAUCCGAGACCAACUUCAGAUCCUUUUUCUUCUCACAAAAUCAACUUGCCACAAAGCAAAAACCAAACCAACCAACCAACACCUCAUCAGUCUAGCUAGUAGCACUACAAGCACAUCCUUACAAUCAUGUCUCCUGAACUUCGUCGCAUCUCCUCUUCUGUGUCCACUUGCUCUGAUCUCUCGGAUAUUUCGGACAUGGCCUCGUUGUCAUCUUCCACUUCGUCUCUGUCCACAGUAGCACGCCGCACACAACGCCGCGUCAGAGCCAUCACGCUGCAACCAGGCACUUCCUUUCACGACGCCUUUUUCGGUCAAGAUGAAUCUGCACGAACCAACUUUGAUCAAGCAACAGCAUGCGCUGAAAUCUGCACUCGAGAAAACUCACGUCGAGGACAACAAGAAACUUCCACCCGAUCUCUGGGGAGCACCACUAGUAUCCGUAGCAGCAGGAGCAGCAGAAGUAUCAAGGCAGGAAGACCCGCCCUUCCACGAUUUGGAGCUUUCUAAGCUAUUCAAUGAGCCAAGUCAAUCCAAUCAAGCAAUCAAGUGUUGAGCGCAGCAAGUGUGAUGGAUCUGUGCUCAUGACGCCAAUUUCAAGAUAUCUGGAAACAACCGAAAGAAUCCACUGCACAAAAGUGCAUCAUUCUCUUUAGCUACGUUCAGAUUCAUAGACAUACGUAAUAUUCAUAGAAAGGAAGACAGUGAACUAUU